CCCCGGGAUGAACGAAUAACGCGGCUUCACACUGUCUUGUCUUUCUUGAUCAACCGAACCACCACUCAUACCGUCUCGAGAUGGCACCAAAGAAGGCCAAGAGGAGGCAGGCAGCAGGAGAUGGUGGCUCCUCCAAUGUGUUCUCCAUGUUUGAGCAGAGCCAGAUUCAGGAGUACAAGGAGGCGUUCACAAUCAUCGACCAGAACAGAGAUGGUAUCAUCAGCAAAGACGACCUUAGGGACGUGCUGGCCUCAAUGGGCCAGCUGAACGUGAAGAAUGAGGAGCUGGAGGCCAUGAUCAAGGAGGCCAGCGGCCCCAUCAACUUCACCGUCUUCCUCACCAUGUUCGGCGAGAAGCUGAAGGGUGCUGACCCUGAGGACGUUAUCCUUAGCUCCUUCAAGGUCCUGGACCCCGCAGGUACCGGAACCAUCAAGAAGGAAUUCCUCGAGGAGCUCCUGACCACUCAGUGUGACAGGUUCACCAAGGAGGAGAUUAAGAACAUGUGGGCCGCCUUCCCCCCAGAUGUUGCUGGCAACGUAGACUACAAGAACAUCUGCUAUGUCAUCACACACGGAGAGGAGAAGGAGGAGUAAAGAGAAAGCGAGACGACAAGAAAGACAGCAAUCCCUUUGCUAUUCUGCCUUCCCUGCCCUUUUCUUUACUCCUCUUCCUCCCUGCUCAAGUUCUGUGUUAACCCAUGUGCUCAACCACUCAUGUUCAAACCAAAGACUUGUCACAAGGACACGUGAGAGGGCUGACGUCCAUGGCGGUGUCUCUGUGUGCUUAUGGGGAAUAGGGAUGAUUUUCAAUAAAAAUACCUUAUAAAAAUCAUUUCCAUCCACAAGCUUUUCUCAUAAACACCUCUCCUUUCUUGCGAACCAUCUUCGGUCGUCUCACCUCUACAUCUCUUUCUGCCCCAACGCUUCAGCCUCUGAGGUGUUUGUGUGCUUCCCUCAGUAUCUGGGAGGAAGACGGGUGUUGCUACUGCGAGGUGGUGGUGCACAGAAAGACAAGGACUUCAUUCCAAAUUUAGAAGAUGUCCUGUUGUUUGGGGUGGAAGGGGGGUGAGAGGAGGAGGAAGUGUGUUGGCAGGUUAGAGAGGGAAAAGUUGCCUCACUUAAAGUGACGGCAACUUUUGUUUUGCUUUUUCUUUGAAAGAAACAACUGGAGGAGAGGAGAGAAAGGGCCGAAAGAAAACAUUCAAGUCUUCGAUCUCUUUCUCCCCGCUCCUUCCUGCAGCCAUGAAAUCACCUUCUUUUUUCCAUAAGCUGUCUCAACCUCAGUGACUGGACUUUCCUCUGUAACGAAUAAAAGGGAAACACUGUGAAUAAAAUCUCUUUUUGUACCAUA